AUGAAUAAAUGGAAGGAAUACUACGAAAAACUCUUAACGGAAAAUAGGCAGGAAUACUCCACAAUAUCACCCACAGAGAUAAAUAUUUCCGGAGAAGUUAUUAACAUACCGCAAACGAAAAAGGCAGUGGCAGCACUGAAAAAUAACAGAGCCCCGGGACCGCAGAAUAUUCCAGGUGAAUUGGUAAAAUGUGGAACAGAAAAACUAUUUAAAGCCUUAACCUGGUGUAUAAAUAGAUUCUUGAACGGCGCCCCAAUACCAAAAGAGUGGAAAAUCGCCUAUAUAUCCUCAAUCCACAAAAAGGGAAAUAAACAAGUGUGCUCCAACUAUAGAGGUAUAUCAGUAACAAGUACCCUAAGUCGAUUAUACGGACGGAUCCUUAGAGAUUUAAUAGAACAGGAAUACCAACAACAAGAAGAGGAGGAACAAUCUGGUUUUCGGACUGGGAGAACCUGUACCGAUAAUAUUUUCUGUCUGAAACAACUAAUAGAGAAAAAAGUAGUAUUUAUCAGGAGACACACCUCAUGUUUAUUGACCUUCACAAAGCAUAUGAUACCGUUCCAGUUAACAGACUAUUCAAGAACAGCUAAAGAUGACAAAGACAUUAAAAAACGAAUAUCACAAGCUAGAAGAACAAUUGGCUGUCUGAAUGGAGUAUUUUGGAGUAAUGAAGCAGGGAAGAAACGGAAGAUCAAUAUAUACCAGACCCUGGUAAAGAGCAGUCUACUUUAUGGUGCAGAGACUUGGCGAAUAACGGAAGCCAACCGAAAAAAACUGGAAGCGGUAGAAAUGGAUGCCUAUAGAAGAACCUUAGGAAUUUCCCGAAGAGAUAGAGUCCGAAACGAAGAAAUCCAACAGAGGAUAGGAAUAGAGGGAUCUUUGGCAACCGACAUCGAACGCCAACAACUUAUGUGGUACGGACAUGUAGGAUGA